AUGGCAUCAAGCACCUCGUAUAAGUACUUCACAGUUGAGUUUCCAGCCAAACACCAAUAUGUUGCGCAUGUGGAGAUAAACCGACCAGAAAAGAUGAACGCCUUCUUCGAAACCAUGUGGCUCGAAAUGGGCCAAAUAUUCAACAAACUCUCGGAAGAUUCGUCAAUCCGAGCCAUAGUUCUCAGCGGUGCUGGCGAUAAAGCAUUCACUGCUGGCCUUGACGUGAGUACCGCGUCCCAAGGGCUGUUGGCAGAAGGCACAGCAGUCGAUCCCGCCCGCAAAGCACUUCGACUCCGCCGCCAUAUCGCCGAGUUCCAAGACUGUAUCACCGCUUUAGAGCGAUGUGAGAAACCUGUCAUUGUCGCUUUGCAUGGCUACUCGCUCGGCUUAGCCAUCGAUAUAUCCUCAGCAGCAGACAUACGUCUCUGUUCGCGUGAUGUCAAGUUCGCCGUGAAAGAAGUUGAUAUUGGCCUCGCGGCAGAUAUUGGCACGUUGACUAGAUUGCCUAAGAUAGUUGGAUCUUUCGGCUGGGUGAAGGACGUUGCGAUGACCGCGCGGGUUUUUGGAGCUGAGGAGGCACUGCGUGUUGGCUUUGUUAAUUCUGUACAUGACUCGCGUGCGGAAACUAUCUCGGCGGCGCUGAGCUUGGCUGCAUUGUUGGCGACUAAAAGUCCUGUUGCUGUGCAGGGAACAAAGGAGAUUUUGAAUUAUUCGCGCGAUCAUUCCGUGCAGGAGGGACUUCGCUAUACUGGAGUUUGGAACAGCGCUUCUGUGCAGACGAAGGAUGUGACGGCAGCGCUUAUGUCGGGAAUCCAGAAGCGCAAGCCAACUUUUGAGAAGCUGUAA